ACCUCCCAGGUUUAUCCGAAGAUUUGAAGACUAUGAGAAAACUCCGUUUCGUUGUGAAUGAUCCUUACGCUACUGACUAUUCAUCAAGCGAAGAAGAUGAAAGGGUUCAGAGAAGGAAACGUUAUGUCUGUGAGAUUGAUCUUCCUUUCGCUCAAGCCGCUACUCAAGCCGAAUCUGAAAGCUCAUAUUGUCAGGAGAGUAGUAAUAAUGGUGGAAGCAAAUCCAAAAUCUCAGCUUGUAGCAAAAAGGUUUUGAGCAGCAAAGUGUCGCCGGUCGUUGGACGUUCCUCUAGUGUCUCGAAGCCUGUUGGUGUUAGGCAGAGGAAAUGGGGUAAAUGGGCUGCUGAGAUUAGACAUCCAAUCACUAAAACUAGAACUUGGUUGGGUACUUACGAGACGCUUGAACAAGCAGCUAAUGCUUAUGCUACUAAGAAGCUAGAGUUUGAUGCUUUGGCUGCAGCCACUUCUGCUGCUUCCUCUGUUUUGUCAGAUUCAAAUGAGUCUGGUUCUAUGAUCUCAGCUUCAGGGUCUAAUGUUGAAGCUGUGUCAAGCAUUGAUCUUGACAAGAAGCUAGUUGAUUCGACCCUUGAUCCGCAAGCUGGUGAAUCGAAGAAAGCGAGUUUUGAUUUUGACUUUGCAGAUCUACAGAUUCCUGAAUUGGGUUGCUUCAUUGAUGAGUCAUUAAUCCCAAAUGCGUGUGAGCUUGAUUUUCUCUUAACAGAAGAGAACAACCAAAUGUUGGAUGAUUACUGCGGCAUAGAUGAUCUGGACAUCAUUGGUCUUGAAUGUGACGGUCCAAGCGAACUUCCAGACUAUGAUUUCUCAGACGUGGAGAUCGAUCUUGGUCUCAUUGGAACCACCAUUGACAAGUAUGCUUUCGUUGAUCAUAUCGCAACAACUACUACCACUCCUCUUAAUAUCGUGUGCCCAUAAGUUUUGCAGCUAGGUGUUAUUAUUAGCUAUAGGAGCAACAUAAAAAAAGCUCUUUCGGUUUUGUCUAAAGUUAUUACAGUACAGCAGAGGCAGUUAAUCUCAGGGGAAGCAAUAACCCUAAAGAUAGAAGCAGUUGCAGUUUUGUGUGUUGGUGUUACUAAAGAAAGUUUUGUUGACAUAAUGGUUUUGAUGUUGUGGAGAAGAUAGAGAGGUGAGAUCGAAAUUGUAAAUCUCAGGUGGGUUUUUUUUAAGGCAAUUGUUUCUCAUUUAGGUGUUUAUUCUAAAUGAGGAUUGUCUUUGAAAAGCCCUUUAGAUAUUUUCGAUUUCGUAAGCUUUCUCUCAAUCUUUGUAAGUUUUGCCUGUUGAGUUAUUAUUCAUAUAUGUGUGAGACCUAGUUUAUUUGUUUUGUGCUACAAACAUAAUGGUUUCUUCUUCUGCUCUUUUAAGUACCAAUGUUUGAUUUUGGUUUCAUUCGGUUGGAUUCCAAGUUGAAAUCCGAUAUUGUUUGGCUCAAAAAAUAAAGGACAGGGAUGAUG